AGGACCUUAGGAUGGCCAGAUCCAGAGACAUCUCUGAGAGCGGGGCUUAAGAGAUAAAGAGAUGGACAGACUGGACAGGCAGGACAGGGGAAGAGGUGCUACUGAAGGCUAGUGACUGGGUAGCUGACUGGAGAACAGCCCCAGAGGAGGGAGACAGGAUGGUGGACUCAUUUCUUCAUUCCCACCUUACCAUGAAUUCCAUCACAUGGGUAUUUACCAAUGUCUGAAACAUUACUUAGGCCAGAGUUGCAGGCAGGAGCCACAGCCCUGGGGUUGCUGAAGCUGCGUGGUCCUUUGCCAGGGACACGGGAAGAGAUGGGUGAGGCAAGGCAGAGAGAGCAGAUUCCCGAAACAGUUUCAGUUCUGGAAGCUCCUGGUUCUCUGUCACAUGUAGGCCUCACCCUUUGGAUACAGUGGAGAAGCAAAGAUGGUCUGUCUCCUGGAAGGAGGGAGGUCCAACAUUUAAAAAACAAGCGCAACUAGAAGCCGUGGAAGGCUGGUUAAAUUCAGCCCGUGUACUCCCAUGAGGUGUAGUUCUGAGCGAAGUGGGGUAAGAGCCCUCCCUCUCCUGGCCCACAGCAUCCUUUCCUUGGUCCUUCUCCCUAUGUGGGCCAGGGACUUUCUGGCACUGAUGGCAGGGAAAAACUAAGGUUGAGGAGGCCCCAGCUCCAGCCUCUUCAUGCAGCCUCCCCAGUAGAGCUAGGUGAAGGGCAUUGCACCAACCAGAACCCAGACGGGGCAGGCACGAGCUCCAGUUAAAAGGACAAAGAAGUGCCAAUGCCGAAGGCGCCUGGCAGAGUGCAGGGCAAGAUACAAGCUCUUCUCCUUAUUCUCCCACAGCCCAUUGGAGUCUUCCCUGGGCUGGGCUGCUGUGGGCUCGGCCCAGACGGCCCUGUCGCCUCCAGAUCUGCCUCCAGACCUCCAGCUUCAGCCCCUUUACCGCAGACUGUAGGUGGCUCCAAGCAGAGGCACCUCAUCAGAAGGGACUGCGCUUCCUCCUCCCGGGACAGAUCUGGACUCCGAGUCCUGGAGCCUGAAGCUGGUGCACCACCCUCAGGAGUGUGUCUCCGCGGUCGCCAUCCCCACCUCCCCGCUGCGGGAGCUGACAGCUGCGACCAAGGGCCAUGUGGGCGCCGACCAGAAAGCCCUUAGACAGAAGCAGCCUAUAACCAACCGACCAAACAAGGCGUGUGCAACCACAGCCUCGGCACCAUGGAGGCCCCAUAUUCCAUGACUGCACACUAUGAUGAGUUCCAGGAAGUCAAGUAUGUAAGCCGGUGUGGCACCGGGGGCGCCCGAGGGACCUCGCUGCCUCCAGGCUUCCCGAGGGGCGCAGGGCGCAGCGCUAGCGGGACCCGGACCGGGCUGCCACGUUGGAAUCGACGCGAGGUGUGCCUGCUCUCGGGUCUGGUGUUUGCCGCCGGCCUCUGCGCCAUCCUGGCGGCCAUGCUGGCGCUCAAGUACCUGGGCCCGGGAGCGACAGGCGGUGGCGGAGCCUGUCCCGAGGGCUGCCCCGAGCGCAAGGCCUUCGCGCGCGCCGCCCGCUUCCUGUCUGCCAACCUGGACGCCAGCAUCGACCCGUGCCAGGACUUCUACUCGUUCGCGUGCGGGGGCUGGUUGCGGCGCCACGCCAUCCCCGACGACAAGCUCACCUACGGCACGAUCGCGGCCAUCGGCGAGCAGAACGAGGAGCGUCUGCGGCGCCUGCUGGCGAGACCCGCGGGAGGCCCCGGCGGCGCUGCGCAGCGCAAGGUGCGCGCCUUCUUCCGCUCGUGCCUCGACAUGCGCGAGAUCGAGAGGCUCGGGCCUCGGCCCAUGCUCGAGGUCAUCGAAGACUGCGGCGGCUGGGACCUGGGCGGCGCGGCCGAUCGCCCGGGGGCGGCUCGCUGGGACCUCAACCGACUGCUGUACAAGGCGCAAGGCGUGUACAGCGCGGCCGCGCUCUUCUCGCUCACAGUCAGCCUGGACGACAGGAACUCCUCGCGCUACGUCAUCCGCAUUGACCAGGACGGGCUCACCCUGCCUGAGAGAACCCUGUACCUAGCUCAAGAUGAGGAGAGUGAGAAGAUCCUGGCUGCAUACAGGGUGUUCAUGGAGCGUCUUCUCAGGCUACUGGGGGCGGAUGCUGUGGAACAGAAGGCUCAAGAGAUCCUUCAACUGGAACAGAGGCUGGCCAAUAUCUCUGUAUCAGAAUAUGACGAUCUCCGUCGGGAUGUCAGCUCCAUGUACAACAAAGUGACCCUGGGGCAGCUGCAGAAGAUCACCCCCCACUUGCGGUGGAAGUGGCUGCUGGACCAAAUCUUCCAGGAGGACUUCUCUGAGGACGAGGAGGUGGUGCUGCUGGCCACAGACUACAUGCAGCAGGUGUCUCAGCUCAUCCGCUCCACACCCCGCAGGAUCCUACACAACUACCUAGUGUGGCGUGUGGUGGUGGUUCUGAGUGAGCACCUGUCCCCACCAUUCCGUGAGGCACUGCACGAACUGGCCAGAGAGAUGGAGGGCAGUGACAAACCCCAGGAGUUGGCCCGAGUCUGCCUGGGCCAGGCCAACCGCCACUUUGGCAUGGCUCUUGGUGCCCUCUUUGUACAUGAGCACUUCUCAGCUGCCAGUAAAGCCAAGGUACAGCAGCUGGUGGAAGAUAUCAAGUACAUCUUGGGCCAGCGCCUGGAGGAGCUGGACUGGAUGGACGCCCAGACCAAGGCAGCAGCUCGGGCCAAGCUCCAGUACAUGAUGGUCAUGGUUGGCUACCCAGACUUCCUGCUGAAACCUGAGGCUGUAGACAAAGAAUAUGAGUUUGAGGUUCAUGAGAAGACCUACUUCAAGAACAUCCUGAACAGCAUCCGAUUCAGUAUCCAGUUGUCUGUCAAGAAGAUUCGACAGGAGGUGGACAAAUCCACGUGGCUGCUCCCGCCACAGGCUCUCAAUGCCUACUAUCUACCCAACAAGAACCAAAUGGUUUUCCCAGCUGGCAUCCUGCAGCCCACCCUGUAUGACCCUGACUUCCCACAGUCUCUGAACUACGGGGGCAUCGGCACCAUCAUUGGACAUGAACUGACCCAUGGCUACGAUGACUGGGGGGGCCAGUAUGACCGCUCAGGAAACCUACUGCAUUGGUGGACAGAGGCUUCCUACAGUCACUUUCUGCGCAAGGCCGAGUGCAUUGUUCGCCUCUAUGACAACUUCACGGUCUACAACCAGCGGGUGAAUGGGAAGCACACACUCGGUGAGAACAUCGCCGACAUGGGAGGCCUCAAGCUGGCCUACUAUGCCUAUCAGAAGUGGGUCCGGGAGCAUGGCCCAGAGCACCCGCUGCAUCGGCUCAAGUACACACACAACCAGCUUUUCUUCAUUGCCUUUGCCCAGAACUGGUGCAUCAAGCGACGGUCGCAGUCCAUCUACCUGCAGGUGCUGACAGACAAACACGCGCCCGAGCACUACCGGGUCCUGGGCAGCGUGUCCCAGUUUGAGGAGUUCGGCCGGGCCUUCCACUGUCCCAAGGACUCUCCCAUGAAUCCUGUCCACAAAUGCUCUGUGUGGUGAGCCUGGCUGUCUGCCUGUCUACCUGCACGCCCCCACUGCCCUGCACGGAUCACCUCCACCAGCUGCUGGGGCAGCAUGAGCCCCAUGCUGCUCCAGGUCUACAUGCCUUCCAACCUUUAAGAGACUGUCUUCCCAUCCCCUACAGUCCUUUGCUUCAGCAAGGGCCUGGAGUAGGGGUAAGGCUGGGUUCUGGGGGCACUCGAGGAGGAGAUAGGAGGUCCCCACACCUGGCUCCAGGCAGCUGGACCCCAGCUGGGGCUGGACUGUACAGGUCCUGCUGAUGUGUUCUUGCUGAUAAGUCUGGUCAAUAAAGCUGCUGUGCCAUCUGUCA